AUGGGCGAACCAACUAUUACCGAUAUCGAUAGGCGGACAUGUACCCGUGUGGUACCUAUGAGGGUGAUAUGUGCGGGCAUGCCUCGUACCGGAACGCUUUCUCUUCGAACUGCCUUGAAGAUUCUAGGCUUCGAAGAUACAUACCAUAUGAUCAGCUGCGCCGUAGAAAACCCAAAAGAUUGCGAAAUAUGGGUCGAUGCCCUCCGUGCGAAAUAUGAAGGCGUCGGCACAUUUGAAAAAAAGGAUUGGGAUGCUAUACUUGGCCAUUGCCAGGCUACAACUGAUGCUCCCGGCUGUGCCUUUAUCCCCGAACUCGUGGCAACAUACCCAGAUGCUAAAGUUGUUUUGAAUAAGAGGGAUGUAGAUAAGUGGUAUACCUCUGUCCUUAACACCAUCUACAAGGCUCACAUUGUCAACCAAGAGCUGAAAAUCAACGAACACCGCUUUGUCUUGUUGGAAUUGGUCUGGAAACAUCUGUUCGGAAACGAUUUCCGCAAAAAUGGUAAGGAUGCCUGGGCAAAGCACUACCAGAUGGUUCGCGAUGUAGUGCCGGCGGAUAAUUUACUUGAAUUCGAGGCCAAGGAUGGGUGGGAGCCCCUUUGCAAGUUUUUGGGAGUGCCCGUACCUGAUGUCCCUUACCCAAGGGUGAAUGAUACGGAUAACUUCUGGGAAAGGUUUGCAAAAGGAAUUGGUGCCGACUUGGAUCAAAUCAACGAGAUUGUAGCUAGGAUUGAGCGUGAGGAAGCUCAGAAUGACGAAAAUGUGAGACUCCCGAACUAA